ACAGUUCGAAAUUUUGGAUACAUUAUUAUUGCGAUCUGACAAUCAUUUUCUAAUUCUACUCUUUUUCGUGGUUGAUUCGAAAAUGAGUACGAAUGCGAUGAUAGCGAUCCAUGCGGUGAAAUGGCCAAUUUGAAUGACGAACGAAGAGUAUAGUAUCAAGUAUGAUUUCCUAACCUCUCUCUAGUCUCGGAUCACUUGAAUUGGGAGUUCGAAUCGUUUUGAUUCAGUGGUCUCAUCAGGGUCUCAUCGCGUUGUAUUCAAACACAGUAUAUCAAGCAUUAACAAAGAUUACGUUUAACAAUGGCUGAUCUCUUUGACAUAGCAAAUUUAAUAACAAAAGUAGGAGUAGAGGCAGUGAAAAUAAAGCAAGAGCCGGGUUUGCCUGAAAAAUCAUCGAAUGAAAUAUUAACAGAAUUAUUCAGUACGUUCGAUGCUGACGAAGGUAUUGCAUCGCCGGUUGUUGAUAAAGAUCCUGAAGAGGAUAACGACGAUAACAAAUCAACGCAGGGAAAAAAGAAAAAGAAGAGCAAAAAAAAACACAAGCAUAAGGACAAGAAACACAAAAAGAAGAGCAAACACAAUUCUUCUGAAAGUGACAGCGAUGAAAAUGCUGGCAUAAAGAAAAAAAAGAAACACAAGAAAAAAUCAAAAAGAAAACAUUCUCCUCAUUCGAGCGAUGAAUCUGAUUCCAAUGUACAGAGGGCUAAAAAACUCAAAACUGAAUCCAUGUCUUUGGUGGAAUGUAAGAAAGAACCGGAAGAUGAAAAAAAAUUGGCUGUUGAGUAUGUCCAUGCAAAGCUUUUCAAUACAGAUUUUGGGACAAAAACUGUUAGUUCAGAGAAUCCUGGGAGCCCAAAAUUGCCUUCGGUACUAAAAAAAGUACGGGAUGAGGAAGAUGACGAAGAGGCAGGGAUUCCCAGACUAUUUGAAAAGGGGAAACAACAGCUCCAAACCAAAAUAUUGAUAAAGGAUUUGAAAAAUAGCACUGUCUACAAUGAAACGGUGAAAGAAAUAGAGACAAGGGAAAAAGAGAAAGCAGCAAGAAUGGAGGACGGUGAAAUCUCUGAUAGCAGUUCGUACAAUCGAACACCAACUCUGAGCCCUACACCACCUCUCGGAGGAGAUUCGCCAAGCGAUUCACCAGUUCAUAGUCCGUCUUAUAGAAAACGAAAUAGAACUGUGAGCCCUGGUUCCGCUGGAGUGAUGAAAACAGAUUUGAGGCUCAUUCUCAAAGAGAAGGAGAAAAAGAAAUUUAGUAAAUCAAAAAAGUCAGAGGCUCGUGAAACUCGAGACUCCAGAAACAAAGCGAGUAGAGAUCAUCGCGUCGGUAACAAAGAGUCCAGACACAGAAUGAACGAGCGUCGCAGUGAAUCGCAUGAACACAAAAUCCAUGAUCCUUCGAGUCAUCGCCGGAGUCGUAGUGGCGGACGGGAUAGUCGGCGAAGGAGCCACGAGAGACGAGAUCGCAGUGCUGACAAACGUGGAGGCAGGAGUCGAGAUCGAAGAAAAUAUAACAAAGACGACCCGGAUGAUUAUGGGAAUCGAAGCGAUGAUAAAUAUUGGGACAAGUAUGGAAGAACUCGUAGCAGAAGUAAAGAGAGAAAAGAAAGAAUAGAGAUAGACAAAAAAAAAUUAUUAGAAAUCGCACGACGAAAUGCAAUAAACAUGAUCAAGCAAGGAGCUCUGCCUUUGGCCCAGCAGGACAAAGCUAUCGCAGCUAUACAAGCGGGUGGAAAAAGUGUGGACGAACUUACAGACUUCUGUAAGUCUUUGUCAAAAUCUGAAGCUCUUGGUGAAUUAUCGAGUAUAUCAUCGGACGACGAUGGGAACAGUUCGGAAAAAGGAUUCCAUCAUCCAUUUAUAUUGCGCGAACGACCUACUUCAAUAAUCAUGAACAUUAAGGAUGCGAAACAACUUCCGAACAAGACUUUCCAAGAAAAGACUGCGGAAUCGUCGACGCAACUGACGUUGAAAUUCCCCGUUUCGAGUGGUCAACACCACAGAAAAACUGAGAGCGAAUGGAUACCAGUCGUGCCGAAGAAACCCGAGCCGAAAAAAACUUUUGUGCCCGCUAUCAGCAAACCUGUGCAACAAACUUUUGCCAUUUUGCCUCCACUCGCCCCAGCUCCGCCAGCACCUUUGCCAGUUCCGGCUCCACUUCCCGUUCCGGCGCCAGUGACAGUACAAACAGUAAUGCCUGCAGCACAACCUCAAGUUUUUCCGCCGGCUCCUGCAGUCGAGCCUGUCGACAUUGGAUCUAUCGUUUCUCAAAGGCUCGCAGCGAUGAGAAGAUUGCGGGAGAAUCCUCAAGACGUCGAAGCUCUGAGUUCGAUGUAUCACGCCCAGAACGGAAUGAAAAACUGGGCAGAAAGUAAGCAGAUGCCAGGUCAGUUCACUGGUAGUACUGGUGUGAAAGUCUUGUCACCGGCUGAACUUCAUUCGGGCUAUCAAGCCUGGGCACGUAAGGCAUGUAUCUCCAUCAUUGAAGAUAUGACACCGGCAGCCCGAUGAUCGAUUUAUGAUUUAAAUUGGUGAGUAUUUGCCAUCCAGUUACUUGAAUAAUAAGUGAAUCGUAUCCGACACUUUCGAAAAUGCCUUCCCUCAUUCUAACUCCUCAAUCCCAUGCUCUGCUUUUCUUUCCAUCUUAUUUUUUUCUGGUUAAUAUUUUUGCAAAUUACACGUUGAAAUAACGAUGGAAGCAGCUCUCAUAACGAAACUCAUUCGACCAAAUCGAUUUUCUUGUAACGAUAACGACAGUUUUCGACAAUCAGUCCUUGCUCAGUUCUUAUCUGACGUCCAUGUAAAAAAUGACUCAUCGAGUGUAAUCAAGUGUAACAAUCGACACGCGAAAAAAUCGUUCUCCUCCCAACAGUUAUCGGAAUUUUAAACUCUCUGUGCUCAAAUUAAUUACUUCACUUUGUACAGGAUCAAUUAGUCACGGCUGCACCGGUUUCCGGUGGAAUGGGAAUGGCGUUACUCCAAAAAAUGGGCUGGCGACCAGGCGAAGGUUUAGGAAAAAACAAAGAGGGUACCCUCGUUCCUUUACAACUUGAAGUUAAACUCGACAAAAGGGGACUAGUCAGCGAACAGGACGUUGGUCAAAAAGUUGGAAAAAUUCAAAAACCUGUUGUACCCGUAAUCAAAACUCUCGAAGG